ACACGCACAAGGAAAACACUCCAAGAAUACAGACUACUUCCUCCUCUCUCCACGCUGUGUAUAAUACCUGUGUGUCAUAAAGCGGGCCGCCCUCUACAAAAGUGAGGGCCUUGUAUCCCUACAUAGUCAGGAAAGCGAGUUAGUUAAGUUUUGUAAAUUAACUUUUUUACGUUACUAUUACACUUGCUCUGUUCCGCCACGCACACGUACGCCGCUCGCUCGUCACCUAUUCUCCAAGGAAAUGUAGAGUAUCUUCCUUGGUCGUCACCAUUCACCCGAUUUUCCUCUCAGUCUUCCUUAUACGUGAAAAAUAGAAACGUCUACCAGAAUAGCAGGAGGGCGAGGCUGAGGAGCAGACCCCUGUGUACUACAUUAUUUUAGCAAUGGUGCUGUAUCAGAGCAACGUGGUGCUGAACGUAUUGCUGCUGGUGCUGUCAGCGAUCAUCCUCGUCAGCUACAUCAACAACUAUGGCCUGAGCCUCCUCCCCUGGGCGUCACAUGCCUGCGAACAAGAGUGUCUGAGAAGUUACCUGAGUGGGCCGCCACGUGCAAACGACCCAGACUUGUUAGAGAUGAUCCGGCAAAAAUACCUCGUCCCGCCGCCCCGCCGCCCGGUGACUGGCGCCUUCGACAUCAAUGAGCCGGUGUGGGCGCGGCUGGUGGACUGGAACUUGAUGCAACAGAAGCUGCUGCAGAUAUGGGAGGGAGAGAGCCCUGGGGUGUUCGUGGAGGUCGGGGCGGCCGACGGGGAGUUCAUGAGCCAGACGCUGAUGCUGGAAAGGAACCUGAGCUGGACGGGACUGCUGGUGGAGCCAGACCCGCGAUCCUACGCCAUCCUACAGCAGAGCCGGCGCAACGCCUGGAUCUCCCCACUCUGCAUUCACCGCAGCCAGCCCUGCUCCCGGAGGUUUUGGCUGCGGCACCUAGAGAAGGACCUGCCGGAGCACUUUCAGCAGCUGAUGAGGGCGCGGAGCAAGCUGAACGACGAGACCUUGACAGGGGACGAGGAGCGAGGAAGCACUAUCAUGGUGCCGUGUGUGCCGCUGUCCACGCUGCUGCUGGCCGCCCGCAUCACCACCAUCGACCUCCUCACUGUGGCCACCGGCAACGAGGAGGACAACAUCCGCGUCGCCGAUGUCAUCAGAGGCAAAAACUUCAAUGUCAAAACUAUGCUUGUGCACUUCCCCAUGGGAGUACUACUUAGCAACCCAUACCCUAAUAUUAAGGGCUACAUCAUGGACAUGGAGCACUCCACUCUCCUCGUCAAGCUUUUUAUCAACAAGGCGCACUGUAGACUCAUCUCAAAGACCGACUGCAAAAAGAUCAACCACUACGACACGGUGGACGCCUGCUACAAAUACCUGUGUAUGAACUUCCUCACAGUACGAACACUGGCACCAAGACAAAAGAAAUCUCAGGAUUCCAUAGGCGAAACACCAUGAUACUGUGCAUUCCUUUCCUGUUCUCAUCACAGCAUGGGGCUUAUUGACCUACUAUGAAGGAAUAUUCAAGUUAUAAGCACAUACCAGCUAGGUAAAUUCAGUGCCAGUAGAUACACCCUUACACCAGAAAAAGAUGAUAAUACCAUGUAUCUGUCAUGUCAGUGAUCAAUCACAAGACACUAGUACUGCUAUCUUCAAUACUCAUAAAUAUAAAACCGUCUUGUGCCUUCUUUAUUAUUUCUGCCCAAGCCAGAACAAACUCUAAAGACAAUAUCCAAUGUUGUGCGUUACCCAGAAUAUCUAUUUGCAAGGUGAAUAUCACCACACUAGGCAUUACAUCCAUUUUUCUAAAUUUCCAAGGCAAUUAUUUUUUUCAAAAGGGGGCUGCAAAUUCUCUUCUGGACUCCAGGAUAUCAAAUAUAAAGUAAAAAAAUUCAGGAAAGAUAUUAAAGCACGAGUUUAUAUGGUUAACAUUCUUAUGCUAUGAAGACAACUCUGAGCAUGUUGUGUAAACAUCCAAAAAAAUGUCAUACAAGUAUUUUUUUUUCUCCAUCUUCUGAAUUUAUGUUGAUACACAAUGACCCUUCUACUACACAUCAAUACUCAUGUCAAUACACUCAAGCACAUAGAAAUUUCCUGUUGACCACCCUUUCAGUGCUUAAUAAUUUAUCGAAGUUCCAUUUUACAUUCAUCACAACUUUCAAGUGCAAACUGCUAUGACAAUGGAAUAAUUACAAUAUAUUUUUUACAAAAUAUUUUAUUAAAAGAUGUACCUUGUGACAUAGUUAACUUGUCAACUAUCUGUGGCUCUGUAUAUCACAACUAAAAAUAAUGAGAAAAAAAUUAAUAACUGAAAGUUUCACGUCCUAAACUCAUUGAAGCAUUCUGAACAAGUGGAAUGCAGUAAUCUGAUAAAUAAUUGUACCAGUCAUAAAAGCAAAUCUCUACUUCCAAGCCACAGAAAAAUAAAUUGUAAUAACAUUUUAUAUUACAAUGCUACUUUCCGAAACAGAAGAAAUGUAAUGAUUAAUGACAAUGUUUUACAUGAGGAGUGAAUAGCUAAUGAGUGGUUAACUUUCCAUUUUCAUGAGCAUCUCAAGACAGACAGAAGAGGGAAUAGGAGGGGAAUAAUCUCUGCUAUGAGAAGACAAAAUCUCAUUAUCCGAUUUAUAAGAUGAACACAAAAGAAUAGAAGCACAUUCAAGAUACAAAAAAGGCACACACCAAACAAUGCUUAGAAAGACUAAUAACUGACGUCCCUCACGGCUACUCCCCUAAGUGAGAUUUCAUCUACCAAUAUAUUCUAUAAAGACAAGAAUAUGAUGCAGCAUCAAAUAAUUGUCCAAACAUUACAAGCAAAUUAGUCCCACAAUAAUUCAUAUAAACUUCAGGGGGACUUCAAUGUACAAUGUAAGCUGGGACAUUUUACAUACUGUACAUACACAAUCAAUUAAUCAAAUCUAAAAAUACUUCACUGGUAAUUCAUGAAAUGCCGCAUUCAAAAGUAUUACAAAGGGGACUUCUUUACCUAAGCAGAGUUGGUUGUGAGGCUGGCUGAGAGUAGAGAAUUAAUAGGUCAGCUGCCACAGUGUGGCCAGCAGCAAACACUGCUAGACAGGACCCCUAGUUAUUGUCUUAUGCUGCUUCCAGGAAAUGGUCCUUGAGAUGUUUCAUCAUACCAAAUGUGCGGAAGCGUUUAACACC